UUGUGCGAGAUGUGAUGAAGUGGACUAAGCUUCCUUAGCGCCGUGAUGGGCGCCAAUCCACGGACCAACCAGAUGGCGCAAACGACCGGUGAUCCCGAGCCGAAGCGUCCCGAACCUCCCCCACGCCCGCCGAUGCACGUCAGGUUGCCUUGCACGGAGGAGGGGAAAGCAAGCUCGCAAUCUCCCUCGGCCCAUCGUUCAUCAUUUCGCACUCGAAUCGCAUCAGGAAUGUGGACGAAUAUAGGCUUCCGACGGAGAAGUCUGAAGCGGACGUGUCGGACGAUCGUUCCACGUCUGGAAUGGGGCCACGAAGAUCCUCCUGACUCCCGUCCUCCGCGAGUUGAGGAGUCAAACUUCACGUUAUCGGUGUUGCAAGGAAGUUACUCGCCACGAUUGGAUACCGAACGAGCGUUCGAGGGGAAAGAUACAGGUUUCUCGUCACACUCGGAGAAAAGACCGGUGCCUCGACCGCUUCGACUACUGUAUCCCUGCCUUGUCUCAGAAGACCCUUCUCCGCUUUCCAUCGGAAUCGGCCAUUUCGCCAAAUAUUCCCCGUCAAAGUCUCCGAUACUGGAAGAUGCCAUGUGUGACUGGAACACAUUCCUCGUGGUCGUGGAGCCAUGUAGCACCGUCUUCCCCCAGCAAGCUACGAUGCAACCACUUUAUAUGCACGCACUGUAGCACGUGUGAAGCUGUGCCGCAAACGCGGUGAAGGAAAGGUAUGUCUUUCAUGCGAGGUUCAUCACAAGUGUGCAAAGGCCAGUGUUGCUUCCGACUUGCGACGCUCUGGGCAAGCCUCUCUCGGUGGCUGCAGCGCCCGGUGAUCCCGCGCGCUCUCCUCGGCAGGCGUUUGCCUAUCUUCGAGGCCUCGCCUCGUCCCUGCCGAGGAAAGUUGCGGGAGUGGAGGUCGAUGAUGGACGAAUUUACCAUCAUUAUGCACUAAAAUGGCUAUUUUAAGGCCAUUAAUAGCACGUCUGCCAGCCCCUCACGACUCGACCU